AUUUGUAAUUGUAAAAACUUUUUAUUUUAUUUAAGAAAGAAAAAAAAAGCUGGUUUUUUUAUUUUUAAAUUUAUCUGGUAUUUAUUUUUACAAACAAGAUGAAUAAAAUGCAACAAAAAAGGAUGCAGAGUCAUUCGACAACAAUACUUCUUGGUAUUAUUAUAAUUAUUUUUGUAUUAACACAAACAACAGUUGGUAGUAAAAAAUGUGCGGGUAAUGGUUUGGAUCUUAAAUAUGUAUGGGGUGAUGCUAUGACAGAUUCACCUGAUUGCAUUGGACCCAAUAACAUGCAAUAUCCAUCAGCAGCUAUUACGAGAAGUUUUAAAAAUUUAUGGGGAGGUAAUAGUAGAACAGCACGUUCUCAUAAUAAUCAAAGAAUAAAUGAUCCAGAAUCAACGAGAAAAACACUUCUUCAUAACUACCAAAUAUCAAAAGGCGAAGUUACAAUAUCAAAUACAAGAAACAGUCGUAGUUACAGUUCAAAGGAGACAUGCGGAUCACCAGCUCGACUUUGCAAAACCCGCUACAACACAACAGCACCAAUGUAUGGGGUCAGCUUGACUAGCGGACAACCAGUAACAAUUGUUCAAAAGUUUCCUGACCUACUGCAACAAGUUGUCUUUGAAGUUUGCGAAUCCAAAUCGUGUGAUGUGAUACGUGGUGAAUGUACACAAACAUAUGUGCCUUAUUUAUUUUUGGUAAUACCACUUGGUCCAGUAACACUAACUGGUCAAGACUAUGUACUAGUUGAAAGUGGUUGUGUUUGUAAACCAAAAAAUUCAUCACCCUCAUCAAAUAAUUCACCGGAAACUCCCCUAGUCCCAAAUCUUUCAUGAAAUUAAUUAAAAAAAUAACUAAAUUAAUUAAAAAAAUAAAUUAUUUAAACAAUAAUAAAUAUUAAAAACAACAAAAAUUAGUUGAUAUAAUUUUUUUAAAUAAUUAAAAACAUUCCAAACAAGCCAGUGAACUUUUUGUGUGUGUGUUUUAAUAAUUUUUUUUACUCAGAAAAAUGAUUAAUAUGCUCGUCUUUUUUGUGUCAUCAACUCAUCAUUCAUCAAUGAUAAAUGUCUGGUUGUUGACCUAAAGAAUAUGCUAUUAUUUCUUCUGGCAAAUUUCUCACGAAAUUAUUUGUGUUAGCAAGCAUGAAUAAAUAAUAACGGUGAAGAUAAUAUCAGUGAUCGAUGAAUGAACAAAAAAAAAAAAAAAAGUAUCAAAGCAAUACGAUGAUAUUUUAUUUAUAAAAAACAAAAUAACAAUUUAAAAAUGAAAAAAAAUGAAUAUUAUAAUGAUGUGGAAAAUAUGAAUAAAUAAUAUUUCCUUUUUUUUUUUUUUUAAAUGUGGUAGAGCUGGUAACACCACUUAUUUUUUUGCUGAUAUUUUAUAUUGCCCUGUUUAGUUUUAUUUACAAACCGGACCUGAAUUAUAAAAACCAAGAUGAUGUUUUUUUUUUUCUCGACCACACCCAUCAUCUUCAUCUUCAUCGUCAUCAUCUUCAUUAUAAAAAUCAACCAUCAUUCUUAGAUAAUAAUGAAUAAUUAUCAAAAUAAUAAAUUUUUUUAGCAAAAUUUAAUUAUCAUUUCGAAAAUUUUAAAUUAAUUUUAUACAUUUAAUUCAAAUUAACCGUUAACUUUUGCAAAAGAGAGAUCAUUCACCUUACAACUUG